GAGAUGCCGAGGGCGGCGAAGUGCUUUUACCUUCCCAGCUUACUUGCGCGUAUUUGAAAACGAAACUCCUCAUACAUGCUUCGCGCCCCCGUCUCCAGAGAACACUGCUUGUCAUCGUCUCGUUCGAUGUCAAAGGUAUACUUUUUGUUUCUCUUCUGAAGAUAUUAGGCUAAAUCUUAUGUCCUACUCACUUUAUUGUUGCUUUGUAACAAAUCUCUAUUCUCAGAUAGUUAUGUUCGUCCGUUACUUUAACCCCAAGUGCGAAUGCGAAACAAGCCUCAUCGAUAACCACUGGCCAAUCAGCAGCAAGUAGCAAAAGCCAACAAAAGCUUGUGGUGAGCACCAAUUAUAGUGCUUACAUGGAAAGACACUUUGAUCCAAAUCAACAUCGCACUUAAAGAAGUAAUCGCCAUCUACAAUAAGACCUGCCCAUCCAACACAUUAUGCCUCUCCCAGAUCAUGCCUUCACUCUCCAUGGCGGCUGCAAUUGUCGUGCCAUUCGAUACAAAAUCGAGGUCCCAGCAUUCAAAGACCGUUUCAUGCAUCCAACUCGAGAUCAAGCCCAUCUCCCCGAGCGUGAGAAGAUUCGAUUUCCAAUGUCAUUAGUAUGCCAUUGCAAUGACUGUCGACGAGGAACAGGAGCUUUGAUCACUUACGCUUUCGCAUGCUUGAACUCAUACGUCUCUUUUCAAAUCGAGUCACGAAGCAAGAAGGACUCCGAUAAGAAUGAAUGGAUCCCAGCAGCAAAAAUCUUCCCUCCCGCAGAAUUCAAGGAAAAAGACGAUACUUUCCUAGAAUUCUACGCCUCUACCGACGCACGGAGACGGAGCUUCUGCUCUCGCUGUGGAGUUAGUCUUACUUACAACUCUGUUUCGAUGCCAGAACCGUGGCCGGCGUUCCUGGAUGUCUGGACAGGAACUAUUGAUAGUGAGGAUUUGGAGAAAGAUUGGUUAAUUCCUGUACGACAUUGUUGGAUUGAUGUGGAGAUUCCUUGGAUUGGGAAAUUGGCGUGUCAAGGUUCUGGUGGGAUUCCUAGGCAUGAGGGAGGGUCUGAUUUUCAGUGAAGUUUCAUCGACCGAGGAAUGAAGCUGUUGUGAUGAUGCGGCGGAAGGGACCUGGAAGUAUAGGAGGAGUUUGAGGAGCACAGUCUAAGGAAGAGAGAAAGAGAAGCUCCUGAAAGAUGAUGAGC